GCAAGUCGAGUCGAGCGAAAAACAGUAUUGGGUGUUGUUUCGUGCUUGUACGCUGCGCGCGCACCUGUUCGUCAUUAAUAAUUCGGUUUUUAUUCCGAGUCCGAGUUAUUCGUACCCGUAAGUUCACGUUAAACGGCGAUCGGAAAUUUAUCCAGGUUUUAUCGCCGCUACUGAACGCUUACAAUCAUAAUUUGAUAAAUUCUUCACGUCGUGAUAAGUUUGAAAAACUGUAAAGCUUUUCUUUUUUGUGCAUGUGAUAAAGUAUCACAAUAAUCUCUUUUUCUAUUAUCAAUGUUUUAUCUGAGUCGGGUUGAAAAAAAUACUUCAAAAAUCGUGAUAAAUUUCCCGUUAUCGAAUCAAUUGAUAUAAUUAUCAGCCGGCUUAUUUUUAUUUAUAAUUUCUUUUUUUUUUUUUGCUAAAUUUUUUCGCGUGUGAUGUCCAAGCCAAGGGAUUACUUCAACGAUUACGCUCGCGAAGAAUUAAUCGAAGAAGAAUGCGAAACCAGCGACCAUCCGGCAGAUCAGCCUCAACAACAACCAGUCUCCGGUCCGGUUCCGGCCUCAGUCCCUCCACCACCACCACCACCACCCUCGCACCAGCAACAUACACCCGAGGAUGGUGAACUUCUCAGCGAGCAUAACUCGGUCGUCACGGCGCACGAAGAUGAAGAAACCGGUCUCGACCAGCAACCGCUCUCGGUCGCAGGGUCGGAUCGCGGUAGUGACGCGAGCGGACAAAAUGGCGAUCCGCUGGCAACUCGGAACUCUCAAACUCCGCCUUCUCCUGCGCAUGGAAGGGCAGUACACAUCACGCCUCCGGACACUGUUGUAGUCGAGCAGGAAAUAGUCGACGAGAGUAAAGUACCGAGCAGUAUAGUGAUUAGAGAGCCCAACGGCGAGUUUCAUUUGAGCUAUGUUAGUACGAAGGAAGAGCAUGUUAUAAGAUUCGCAGACGUUAAUAACUUGGAAAAGCUUAAUAGAUAUCCGGAGAACCUCGAACAGCCGCAGAGCCCAGAGAUGACGUAUCCGCACACGCAACAGGACGAGCACGCGAUAAGAUUUCCCGGCGACGUUGAUAAUUUGGAAAAAAUACGCUACCCCGAAGCUCUCGAACAGUCCCACAGUCCGGACAUGGCUUAUCAUCAUCAGCAGCAGCAACAAGCGCAUCAGAAUUUUCUAUUGCAUUGUCAGAACAACGAAAACAACAAUAUUCAUCCGAAAGAAGAACAACUGCCCAUGUCACCGCAUUUCCAUCUGUCGCCUCACGAAAAUGCCCUGUCAGUAGCAGCACACGCCGCAGCUCAUCAUCAGUCACACUUUCAUCUCGCCCAACAGCACGACAAUAAUGCCCAUGAUCAUCAAAAUGUAUCAUCUAAUUAUUCAAGUCCAAUGUAUUCCAGAUCGUCGUCCAUAUAUGGUAACAAUGCACCCUCGGUGCCACCACACUAUUUUUCACCAGCUAGUCCUGUCAACAGUAAUGACGUAAAUGUACAUAGCAUCAAUGCUAGCAACGCCAAUUUAUGGUCAACGCAGAUCAGUCCAGACGAGAACUAUUCGCCGACCAACACGAAACCGAGCAUAGGCAGUAUACAAACAUCCAGCGGCUCGUUAAACGCAUCAUUACCAAGGAUUUCAUCACGAUACCUGCCGAAUUCACACAUUCCCACCUUUAGCCAAAACAGUCCUUCCUAUCCAAACGUUCCAGGCGCUCCGUCGUUUUUAACCCCCGAUUCACCUUGGCCGACGGCCGGAUUGGGCGGUUAUCCCAAUACCGAUGGACAGAUUAAUUACGUAACGAUGCAGGUCUCAGGCAAAGGCAGAAAUUCUACCUCGUUUACCCCGAAUUCAGCCGCCUACUCUUUGGCAGCCCCAGACGAAAUGGAUUAUUACGCCGAAGGCAGAGAAUGUGUGAAUUGCGGAGCGAUUUCGACGCCGUUAUGGCGACGCGAUGGCACAGGACAUUAUUUAUGCAACGCUUGCGGAUUAUACCAUAAAAUGAACGGCAUGAAUCGCCCACUUGUCAGGCAGCCUAGAAGGCUGCCGGUUAUAUGCAAAACAGAAAUUUCAUAUCACGGUAAUCGCCAGACACCCUAUAAUAAACCCCUUUCAAAGAAGAAUUUCGCUCAUCACUCAUCAAUUUCAAGAGCUUCUUGGCCGGGUGGUUUAGAGACUGCUUCUCGUCGAGUAGGUUUGACUUGCUCGAACUGUCACACGAGUACGACAUCGUUAUGGCGUAGAAACGCGGUCGGAGAACCUGUGUGUAAUGCUUGUGGUCUCUAUUAUAAAUUACACAACGUAAAUAGGCCAUUAACCAUGAAAAAAGAUAGCAUACAGACUAGAAAAAGGAAGCCAAAGGGUGGCAAAGGAGACCAUUCUGCGCCGAAGGCCAUCAAACUCGAGCAAAAUGGUGAGUACGAGAAACCAGUUACAUCAGGGAUACCUAGGCCUACGAAUCUACGUUUCGACAAAACGCACCGAAACCAAUUAGGUUCAGAACCAGAAUAUAUGAUCAUCUCAUACGAUCAGUUUUCACUUUAAAAAAUGUUUACCCUAAAUAUGUGUAAAAAUUUAUUCAUCAGGAUACGAACCAUCUGUUCAUAAUAACAGCGUCGGUGUAAUUAGAGGUUUUUAAAGUCAUCAUCACGCGUUCGCGAACAAAAAAAGGAUUGUUUUUUUUUAUUUUGUUUGAAUGUUUUGUUUUCUUUUACAAAGGAAUACCUUUUAAUGAUAAAUUGUUAUACGUUUUAAUGUUGAUUCUUAUACCAAUGUUUUUAAUUAAGUGAAAAAAAAAGAAACUAUACCAUUUAUUUGAUAGAAGUUUAAUUUUACGUUUUAUUUUUUUAUAAUGCAAAGAAAAAUGUUACGAGUCUCGUGUUUUAAUUUGAAAAAAGUAGUGUAAUUUUUGAUGACUCGAAAAAAAAAUUUAUGUUUUUUUAAUUUCAUGUAGACUAGUAUAGUAAAACGUAGUGGUACUUAUAGGACAUAAAAAAGUUCUUUGUUUUGUUAUGAUUUUUUCCUUCUUUCAAUUUUUUCUCCCCUUUUCGAUGUAAUUAACAUUGAAGAGUGAAGGUUCUAUUUAAUAUUUAUAAUGAAUACGUGCUAAUUUAAUUAAGACUUAAUUUUUUUAAAAGAGUUUUUUCGAACGAGUUUUUACUAUAAUUGUAUCUCUGCUACUUUCUUUUUUUAAAUGUCUCUCUCUUUACUUAAAUACCUAGAUCUGAACUUAGCAUCUUUUUAUUUCUCUGUUUUUUAACCCAUUCGUAUACUGACCGAAUGGGGUUCUCGUUCAACGUUUGAUCUGAAUGAUUCAGAAUUUGUUUAGUUUAAUUAUUAUACGUAAUUUGUAUCUAUUAUUUUUCGUUUGCCUUUUCGUAUAUAAAGUUGUACAUUGAUUUCAAAUAUUUCGCUUCGUUUUAGAAAAUGUUACUAAGGCAACAUUAUGAAAAUUUGUAAAUAAAGUUUAUUUUGAUUUACCUA